CGUGGACGUGCGACUGUGCAGCUCAAGUACCAGGACCUGGUGGGGGAAGCAACACGGAAGGAUCGCUUGUUCCUGAAGAGCAGGGUUAUCCAGAUAACUUUUGAAUAAUUUGAUCUGAAGACUGGCUAUGAUACUUUGACAGUUAGUGAUGGAGGUGAAAUUGGAGAUCCCAGGACAGCGUUCCAAAGGUCCAGUGUUUACCCUGUGCUCUCCCCCAGCAGAGUAGGAAAAUAAACUGAGAGGUAUUCAAGAUUUUGCCAGAGGCAAGGUCUAAACAUCAAGAUUAGAAUGGCUAAUAGCUCCAGAUUACCAUAAGGAAGAAAAACACACAGCGGAUAUGUUUCAGAGUCCUGUCCAAGUGAGAAUUGCAGAGUCAUAAAAACAGAAGCUUUGAGAACUGUCUCAGAGAAGAUGUUUAAAUCACUGAUGAUAAAAUCCAACAAGGUGAAGCCCAGAGAGGAAAAUGAUGAGAGUAAACAAGGUCCUGAUCCAAGCAAUCAGCCUCAGCAAUCCACAAGACAGGAAGAAAACAAAAAUGAAAAAAAAAGUCUCCAAACCAAGAUGACUCCAGUCACAUAUGAAGAAUCACCCACCAGAAUACAAGAUAAAAUCUCUGAGAAAAAUUCACUCAAAUCUAUGACCACAACCCCUGACCAUCAAAAUCCAACAGAAUCAAAGGAAAUGAUGCCAGAGCAGAAGGAAAUGGAAACUGGGAAAGAAGUCCUAGUCAGUCCAAAAAGCAAACCUCUUGGAAGUCCUGUUAUAAAUGAGUAUGCUGAUGCCCAGCUACAUAACUUGGUGGAAAGAAUGCACCAAAGAACAAUCCUCUACAAGAAAAAGUUGGUAGAAGGAGAUCUAUCCUCACCUGAAGCCAGCCCCCAAACUGCAAAGCCCACAACUGUACCAUCGACACAAGAAAGCGAUGCUAAGCUAAAAGAAGAACAUUACUAUCACAUAUUGUGUUUUAAAUUCCAGAAGAUGCCUCUGACAGAGUAUCUAAAGCGAAUUAGACUUCCAAGAAGCAUAGAUUCAUACACAGAUCGACUCUAUCUCCUGUGGCUCUUGCUUGUCACCAUUGCCUAUAACUGGAACUGCUGGCUUAUACCACUGCGCUUCGUCUUUCCGUAUCAAACACCAGACAACACACACUACUGGUUUAUUGCAGACAUCAUAUGUGAUAUCAUCUACCUUUGUGAUGUGCUAUUAAUCCAGCCCAGAAUCCAGUUUAUACAAGGAGGAAACAUAAUAGUGGAUUCAAAUGAGUUAAAAAGACACUACAGGAGUUCUACAAAAUUUCAGCUGGAUGUUGCAUCAAUAAUGCCAUUUGAUGUUUUCUACCUCUUCUUUGGGUUUAAUCCAAUAUUUAGGGCAAAUAAGGUAUUAAAGUACACUUCAUUUUUUGAGUUUAAUCAUCACCUAGAGUCUAUAAUGGAGAAGGCAUAUAUCUACAGAGUCAUUCGAACAACUGGAUACUUGCUGUUUAUUCUGCACAUUAAUGCCUGUCUUUAUUACUGGGCCUCAGACUAUGAAGGAAUUGGGACUACUAGAUGGGUGUAUGAUGGUGAAGGAAACAAAUACCUGAGAUGCUAUUACUGGGCCGUUCGAACUUUAAUUACCAUUGGGGGCCUUCCAGAACCAGAAACAACAUUUGAAAUUGUUUUUCAACUGGUGAAUUAUUUUUCUGGAGUUUUUGUGUUCUCCAGCUUAAUUGGUCAGAUGCAAGAUGUAAUUGGAGCAGCUACAGCCAAUCAGAGCAACUUCCGAAACAGCAUGGAUAAUACCAUUUCCUACAUGAACACUUAUUCCAUUCCUAAGAGCGUGCAGACUCGGGUUCGGACUUGGUAUAAAUAUACAUGGGAUUCUCAAAGAAUCCUAGAUGAGUCAGAUCUGCUCAGUACACUGCCCGUCACCAUGCAGUUAGCCCUCACCGUGGAUAUGAACUUCAGCAUCAUCAGCAAAGUCGACUUGUUCAAGGGUUGUGAUACACAAAUGAUUUAUGACAUGUUGCUAAGAUUGAAAUCCACUGUUUAUUUACCUGGUGACUUUGUCUGCAAAAAGGGUGAAAUUGGCAAGGAAAUGUAUAUUAUUAAGCAAGGAGAAGUCCAAGUUCUUGGAGGCUCUGAUGGUGCUCAAGUUCUGGUUACUCUGAAAGCUGGAUCAGUGUUUGGAGAAAUCAGCCUUCUAGCAGCAAAAGGAGGAAACCGUCGAACUGCCAACGUGAUAGCCCAUGGGUUUGCCAAUCUGUUAACUCUGGACAAAACGACCCUCCAAGAAAUUCUCGUGCAUUAUCCAGAUUCAGAAAAGCUCCUCAUGAAGAAAGCCAGUGUACUUCUAAAUAAGAAGGCUCCAGGCACAGAGGAUUCCCCUCCAAGAAAAGGACCUGCCUUUCUCUUCCAACCAAAACAGAAGACACCCAAAAUGUUCAAAGCUAUCCUGGGAGGCUCAGGAAGAGCAGGUCUUACAAGACUACUCAAAAUGAAGAGAGAACAAGCCAUCCAGGAAAAAACUGAAAAUUCCAAAGAAGGAGAGGGUGAAGGAAGAGAAGAUGAAGAUAAAGGAAGAGAACCAGUAAAGAAAGCACUGGACGACUCCAAAUGUGGAGCAAAUUCUGUUACAGCAAUGCCCCAGUCGACUAAAAGGGCGGCUUUACCCCGAGGAACUACUCAUCAAUCACUCAUCAUCAGCAUGGCUCCUUCUGCAGAGGCUGGGGAGGAAGUUCUGGUGAUUGAAGUUAAAGAAAAUGCUAAGCAAUAAGUGUUUGAUCAUCUCCAGAUGUAAUUUAGCUAAUUCCCAAGGAGAUUGUACCCAGGAUUAUAGCUUAAAUUAAUGAAGGGGGAAAGACCUUGCCAGGACCCUUGAGAAACCAUAGACAAAUCCCUAGCUUAGUUUGUAGGACUUAUCUGGGCGUGUGAUCUUAUGCAGUAGUAAUAAGAAGUUCAUUUCAAAACUA